AUGGCACAGGGAAAGGGGGAGAGGACUGGGACAAGGCAAGCUGGGAAGCACAGCAGGAUUGUCAUCACUGAAAGUGCAGAGGAAAGUAUCCUGCAAAGCUUGGAGAAGUCCUGCUCCGACUCCAGCAAUGGAGGCUACCAGACCUGCAAAAAAGGUACAGAGGAGACUGUAGUGGACAGCACAGCAAGCAGUGAAGAGAGGAGUAGUUCUUCAGAGGAAGAUGGAGUCACUGAGAAAGAAACCAUGCCCAAAGUGGUUGAGAAAAAAGGCUGCAAGGAUCUGCUUGAGGCUACCAGUGAAGCAUCUCUUGAAACUGAAAGGGAGCAGGUUGCUACAGAGGGAAGGGAUGGAUCUGAGGAUGAAGGCACUGACUUUGCAGGGUUGGAGGCACAGGAGCAAAUGAAGAAUCAAGAUGCCAUGCCAAGAGAAUCAAAAUCUAUUCUAACAGAGAACAGUAAGGAAGAAUAUGAUGUAAGCAUUGCAGGAACCCAAAGUAACAAAGUUAAGAGCAGAAAAAAUGGCAACAAUGAAGUAGGCAAGGUAGAAAGUACUAAAGUUCAAGACAUGUCCAAAGAUGCACACGACAGUCCUGACAGCAGUGGGGAGAACAGUGCUGAAGAGAGCACUGACAGAGGAAAAGAAAAUGCAACAAAACCACUGCUGCCUACUGCUGCGAAAGCAAAACUCCUCCUUGGCCUUAGCAAAGUACUUGAAGGAACUGAACAGAAAGAGAGGGGGAAUGAUGAGGGCAAGGCUCUAGAAGGUAGCCUUUUGGUACCCAAGCAGCAGAUGACAAUGACUGAGAAAUCUGGGAAGUGUGAAACUGCAGAACAAGAUAAAGCAGUCAGGCAGAGGGACAGUUGGUCAGACUUCAGAAAGCAGGAGUCAGCAACAGUGAUGCUUGCAAAGAAAUGCUCUCCUCGGGCCCAAAUCCUUCUCAGUCUGAAAAACAAACACAAAAGUGCUGAGACCAAACUAUUAACAAGCUGUAAACCAAAUCCUGUCCAGAUGGCUUUGGAAACCAACUCUGGCCUGAAAAAUGUUGAGAGCAUCUGUUCCAAACCCGUGGCUCUAGAAGCUCUCAGCUCACAGAAGGAACCCAGCACAGCUCAGAGUUUUGGAGAGAAAAGUCCCAAGCUUUCAAAUAUUUCAAGCUGCUCCACUAUUACCAAAAGAUCAUCUGAAAAGCAGGUCCUUGGCAAGAAGAUGAAAGUUGGGAAAGAUAAACUGAGUUCAGGCCAGAUUUUAGAGGCAAGAAAAGAGACAGCAGCAGAAGUGGUUGCAGAGGCACCUUCAGCAAAAGAAAAUGUGCAGGGUGGGAAGGGAGCCAAGAACUUGCACACUCGUUCUGCUUUUAGCAAAGCCACCAGCUGGCUCGGUGAAAAACCUGCCAAGAACGUGAGCCUGAAAGCUCGCCUUCUGCGUGUGGCACGUGCAGUUGGAAUUUCCAGAUGGAUCCUGAAGAAAUUUGGGAAGAGGAAGAAGAAGGAGAGCAGCAAACCUUUUGGAUUCAGAAGUAGAGUGGCAAUCCGGAUUAUAAGCCCUGCUGGGUGGCUUGAAACUGAGAUCUCCAUCAGGCGGAAAAUCUGCGAUGCCUGUGCAAAAGGGUUGCAGAUUCAACAGCAGGCUCGGGGAUGUGGCCCUGCAGCAUGGCUCAACUCUGAACUGCUGCUGCCACGACUCACCAUCGAGAACCUAAGCAAAUGGGCCACCUACAGAGAACCACAUUUGGCCAACAGCCACCUGAUGAAGGUCUGCAAGGAUCAGUGGGAGGCAGAAGACACCACAGACGAUACACUAGAGAUGGAAUUCCUGCAGGAACAGGCAUGCAUGUGUGAAGACCACUGUGUAGAAGCUGAGAAGAUUGAAGAUCUAACCAGACUUGAGGAAAUCUGUGAGAGCUCCGUUCUGCUGUGCCUGAAGAGGAGGUUCCAUCUCAAUCUUAUUUAUACUUACAUUGGGCAAAUUCUGAUUUCUGUGAAUCCUUUCAAAGACCUCAGCAUCUACUCUGAAGAUGUGGCUACCCAGUACCACCAAGGAACACUCUCAAACAAUGCCCCACACAUCUUUGCCAUAGCAGAGAUGGCCUACAGCUUAUCCCAGUCCUCAGAGCAAGAGCAAUGUGUCAUCCUUACCUCUCCUGCCUGCAGCGGACGCAGUGGAUCAGGUAAAACAGAAGCUGCCAAAGCAAUUGUGCAAUACCUGACCAUGCUGUACCAGGGAUCAGACAGCCACAGGACCAGGCAGCCCUGCAGUGUCCUACCUAUCCUGGAGAGUUUUGGGAAUGCCAGAACCAUCCUCAACGACAACUCCAGCCGUUUUGGAAAGCUUCUCAGUGUUCACCUGCGACAUGGUGCCGUGGUGGGAGCAUCCAUCUCCCAGUACCUGCUGGAGAAGUCUCGUGUGGUAUUUCAGGCCCACGGUGAGAGGAACUACCAUGUGUUCUAUGAGCUGCUGGCUGGGCUUCCUGUGGAGCAGAAAGAGGACUUGUACCUGCAGGAGGCAGAGUCUUACUUUUACCUGAAUCAGGGCAGAGCCUGUGACAUCCUGGGGAAGGAGGACAGUCAGGACUUUCUGGUUUUGGUGCAAGCUCUGGAGGGAAUCAACCUCUCGGAUGACCAGCUGACCUCCACCUGGGCUGUCCUGGCUGCCAUCCUGCAGCUGGGCAACAUCUGCUUUACCUCCUGUGAGAAGGAAUCCUAUGAACACGCAGCCGUCGCCAGCGAUGCUGAGAUUCAGAUCGUGGCCAAUUUGUUGUGUGUCUCAGCAGACUUCCUGCAAAGUGCUGUCACUCACCGUGUCACUGUGACGUCUUACGAUCGCAUCUUCAGCCCUCUGUCCCUAGAAGGAGCCAUCGAUGCCAGGGAUUCCAUUGCCAAGACUCUCUAUUACCUGCUCUUUGAAUGGCUACUGCUGCAAAUCAACGAGUGGUUGGCUCCUAGGGAAUCAGACUGUGCCCUGGGCGUUGUGGACAUCCAUGGUUUUGAGGAUCUAGGUGUGAACAGCUUAGAGCAACUUUGCAUCAACUUUGCCAACGAGCACCUCCAGCAUUUUUUCAGCCAGACUGUCAUUGCCCAGGAAGAGGAGGAAUACAGCCAAGAGCAGCUAGCCUGGGUUCCCAUUUCUAAGAUGUACAGUGAGUCAUGCCUAGAUGUCUUUGCUGCAAAGCCCUAUGGCAUCUUGUGCAUCUUGGACGACCAGACUGCACUGACUCAGGCUACUGACCACACUUUCCUCCAGAAGUGUCACUACCAUCAUGAAAACAGUCCUUGGUACACCAAACCCAAGCUGCCUUUGCCAGUCUUCACAGUGAAGCACUAUGCUGGCCCUGUCACCUACCAGGUCCACAAGUUUCUCAAUAAAAACCGUGACCAGCUGCGUCCGGAGGUGCUGGAUAUCUUCUCCCAGAGCCGCCUCAAGGUGGUGUCUCACAUUUUCCAGAAGGCUAAAGCUGCCUAUAGUCAGCAAAGAGAGCUGGGGGCCAGAGGCAAAGGGCUGAAGCCUCAGGCCUCCACGCUGGUGUCCAAAUUCCAGCAGUCUUUGCAGGACCUCACAGCCAGGCUGAGGAGGAGCCAUGCCUUCUUCAUUCGCUGCAUCUCCCCUAAUCCCCAGAAGGUCUUUCUGAAGGAGAAGGCCAGGCAGCUGCUGGAGAGGCGAAGGAGCCAGAGGCUGGCUUGGGCCAUUGUCACUCUGCAAAGGCAUUUCCGCUGCCUCCUGCGCCGCAGGCGCCUCCGCGUCCUCCAGGAGAAAGUCACACUCAUCCAGGCUCACUUCCGAGGAUACCAGGCAAGGAAGCGUUACAGGAGGCUGAAGAAGACUUUGGUGCAAUUUAACACCACGAUUUUAAUCUCCAGACCUCUGAUUCAAAGGAGGAAGCACUGCCAGCAGGAGUUAGAGGAAAGGAAAAGGAGGAGGAGGUUCCUGGACAGUUGGGACACAGAGAACACUCCCAGCCAAGGAAUGGAUGUAGGGCUGCUGGAGAUCCCUGCAGAGCUUGCUGCCCUCCUGCAGUUAGCUGAAGGUCAGUACCGAGCACAGGCCAACCAGAUAACUGAGGCUUUGCCUCCAGAAGUCAGGGUCAAAGAUGACCUUUCCCUCCCACCCACCAUCAACAGCUAUCCUUUCUCCUCCUUCAUUAAGUCACACUUCCAGAAGACAGAUUUCCCUGCCCCUGGCCAGCCUCUGCAGCGUCCCUUGACCCAUCUGGAUGCUGAAUACCAGGAAAGUGCACUUGAGGUCAACAAACUGAUUUUGCGGUUCAUUGGUGACAAGAAUCUCCAGGGCUGGCAGGAGGUCCUCCUGGGCAACUACAUUGCUGCAAGAGGUUUGAACAACGUGGCCCUACGCAAUGAAAUCUUCAGCCAGGUGGUUGCCCAGGCGUGGAAAAACCCAGACAUGGAGCACAGCCAGCGGGCUUGGGUGCUGAUGGCAACCGUGCUGAGCUGCUUUGCCCCUUCGCCAGCGCUGGAGAAGCCACUGCUGAAGUUUGUGUCAGAUCAUGGCAUGGAGGGCUACAAUGCUGUUUGCCAGCGCAAGAUCUUGACAGCAGCACAGCACACGGAGGCAGACUCCACGCUGUCUCGGGCUUACCCUCCCACUCAGCUGGAGUGGACUGCAAACCAGAGGAGAGGGAAGAUGGUGCUGGAUGUUCACACUUUUAAUGAUGAGAAGUUCUCAGCUGAGGUGGAGUCCUGGAUGACUGGAGAGCAGUAUGCAGGAUGGAUCCUGAGUGCAAGGGGCUGUGAUAAGAAGUCUCGAGGGUGGUCUAUCUCCAUGUUUACUGGCAACACAUGGCAGGACUUGCUGGGCUGUGACUUUGUGCUAGACCUCAUUGGUGAGAUGGAGGAUGUCAGCACCUUCAGCAGCUCCUCUCAGUCCUCACCUGAGUACCCCAUCAUGCCUGAGAGGGACAGAAGCUCCCAUGACCUCGACUCGAUCCCUCCUGCUCCAGGCAUCCGGGCCCCUGCCUUCCCCCCACCCAGCCUGCCUCCAGAAUUCAACAGUCUCCACCCAGAUUCAAGAUUUGGAGACGACCUGAGAACCCCUGUAGCCUUGGAUCACUAUGUGGAUGAUCUCUUCGACACUGUGCUGCAUCAAGGGUCCAGAGUCCCAGACAUGGAGAACAGAGAGGUUCUGAGUGGACGCAUGAAAGGAGGUGGGAAGAUUGGACCCCCCCAGAGAGGAAUCUUUCCUUCUACAGGCUUCUCUGGACUGACCCAGGCACCAGUUUACCAGCCCAUGCCUUCAAUGAUGGGGAUGCCAGGAGCCAUGCCUAUGAUGCCAGCGGCUGGUGGCAUUGCACCUGUGCCAGCCAUGGUUCCAGCUGUAGAUCCUGCUCAGUUAGCAGCACAGCAGCAAGCCUUUAUCAACCAGCAAGCCAUGCUUAUGGCCCAGCAGAUGACUCUUCAAGCCAUGAGCAUCUCUCAACAGCAGCAGCAGCAACAGCAGCGGUGGCAAAAGUCUCUUGAGAACUCAAGGCCAAGAUUCUCAAGUCCACCACAAGCCCAAGUGCCAGCCCAAGACCCAGUCCCAGCUGCUUCCCCAAAACCCAAGAAGCCUCCUAGAAGCCAGGAUGCUCCAGAACCACCAGCUGAGGCAGAAAAAAUGGUUUAUGAGCACACAGAAGAGCAGUUCUCCAGCAGUGAAGAUGAUGAACAUCUCCCAACAACGUUCCAGGAGAAGAGAGAAUAUUUUCAGAAGAAGGGAGAGCAAAAGAUCCGAGUGAAGAAAAUCAGGCCUGCUUCCAAAGCUUGGACACCUCCAGCAAGUCCCCAGCCAAAGCAGGAGGAGAAGGAAGAAAAAGAGCAGGAGACAAGGAAAGAAGAGAAGCCUCGCCCUAAGCCAGAGGCAGCCCCUGCUCCUGCUUUGCCACCUCCUGAGCCGAAGCCAAAACCCCAGACACCAAAACCAAAGAAGGAGCCACCUGUGGUGAAGCCUUCAGUCCCUGAGUCACGGCCUGAACCCAGCCGGGAGAUCCGCAACAUCAUCAAGAUGUACCAGAGCAGGCCAGCCCCCGAGCCCCAGCCCCUUGCUCCUGUCAGAGUGUCCAAGCCAUUUAUGAAGAAGAAUGACCCCAAAAAUGAGGCUCUGGCCAAGCUUGGAAUGGUGAACCUCCCAUCUCCUAAAUCACCAUCCCCCCUGCCACAGGAAAUGAAAACACCUCCACCUACCAAACCCAAGCCAAACGGCCACACAAGCUCAACUUCUAGCUCUAUCAAGGAGAAGCAGUUGCCUCUCCUGAGCAUCUUCAGCCAGCAGAUUACCCCACCACCUGCUUCUGCUCCUCCUCUUCCCCCACCAUUGCCUUCACCUCUCUCAGAUCUUGGGAACCGAGACUGGGAGGAAUACACAGGGAAGGGCUCUACUGUAACAGUAACAGAAGAUGCUGACAUCAAGACCCAGCUGUAUAAACUUGCUACCAGCGUCAGCUUCUCCUACGCCAACCCUGCCUGGAAAAUCUUCCUGCGCAAAGAGGUGUUCUACCCCAAAGAAAAUUUCAGUCACCCUUAUAGUCUGAACUUGCUGUGUGAACAGAUCAUGCGUGACACCUUCUCCAACUCCUGCUUUCGUAUCUCCAGGGAGGAGAAGCGCAAGAUGAAAGACUUGCUGAUGGAGCUGCGGGUUGGCGACAGUGCCCAGUCCAUUCCGGAGGAUGGGAUAAAGAAGAGGAUCGUGCUGGCUGCUCGGGAUAACUGGGCUAACUACUUCUCCCGCCUCUUCCCAGUUCAGAGUGAAAAUGGAAGUGAUGUCCAGAUCCUGGGCGUCUCUCACCGGGGCAUGCGGCUGCUGAAGGUGGUGAAAGCAGCUGGGUAUAAGCCUGAGCACCUGAAGAUUCUCCGCAGCUACAGCUUUGCAGAUGUGCUGUCAGUAGAACUGAAGGGCAGCACUGUCCUGGAGUUCGCUCUGAAGACAGAGCAGCUCUCCCUGCACUCUCCAAAGGCUCCACGCAUCAAGGCCAUGGUGGAACUCUUCAUCCAGGAGCUGAGGCAGGAUACCAACUACGUGGUUGCUCUGCGCAGCUACAUCUCGGAUGACAAGAGCCUUCUUAGCUUCCAGAAGGGUGACCUCAUUGAGUUACUGCCCAUGCAAGGCGUGGAGCCAGGCUGGCAGUUUGGCUCCACUGGUGGCCGCUGUGGUAUUUUCCCCACCAGCCUGGUGCAGCUGGCUGCAGCCCCUGAUUACCUCAGCAUCAGCAUGGACAGGUGUGGAAGGCGGCGGAAGAGCCCUAAAGCUUUCUCAGAGAGCAGGAACACAAGCAGGGAGAGUUCUGCUCCCAGCUUGACAUCAGAACCCAACAGCACCAUAUUAGUCCCUGUUGGUGAUAAUUACACCAUGGCAGACUUCGCCACAGCCCACUUCCGAGAGGCUCAGUCCAUGCAGAGACUGAAGACAAUGUCUGCUGAAAAGAAGAGUGUGACUGACCUGGUCCAGCACACCAAGGUCCCAAUCCAGGAGUCUUUGCUCCAGUACUCUGACAGUGACCUCAAUGAGCUUGCCACCCAGAACUUCAAGACUCUGAUGCAGUUCAUGGGAGAUCAGCCAAAAAACAAGAACCAGAAUGAUGUUGAAUGCAUCUAUGAGAUCCUCAAGCUGUGCAAGGAGAAGGAGAGUUUGCAUGAUGAAAUCUACUGCCAGGUCAUCAAACAGGUCUCCCAAAACCCCAGCCAGGAGAGCGUGCUGCGUGGGUGGCUGCUCCUAAACCUGCUGACUGGGUACUUCCUCCCUUCUAACAUCCUGAUGCCCUAUGCCACCAAGUUUCUGCAGCUAGCCAGCAGUGAUCCAUCUAGCACCCACCAUGACAUAGCCAAGGUCUGCCAGAGCAACCUGCGCAAGAAUUUCAUGUACGGCGGCCGGCGUCACCUUCCCUUCCCUGUGGAGUUAGAGGCACUGCUGAAGGGGCGCGGUGCCCGCCGGCUGACGCUGCCGAUGCCCGGAGGUGUGGAGUACGUCACCAAAGUCAAGACAUUCACCGUGGCCAAAGAGCUCCUGCAGGAGAUCUGUGAGAAGAUGGGGGCAGGUGACCAAGAAGAGAUACAGGAAUUUGUUCUUAUUGCCACCAGGAGUAACAACAAUAACCUUGGCAAAGUUACCAGGCCAAUAAGACCAGAGGAGUAUCUUCAUGAUUACCUGCUGGAGGACAAGUUGGUCACUGUGACUUUACGCAGGCUCACCUGGAGGACACCUCUGCACUUUGAGAGCCAAAUUUAUACUGAUAUCCAUUAUGGACAGAUCCUGAGGGAUUACCUGGAUGGGAGGAUACUACUGGGCAGAGGCAAGGAAAUAGAGAUGGAGGUUGGAGUUCUGGCAGUACUACAGCACUGGGCCAAAAAUGAGCAGCAGUGCUCUGCUCUCUCCAGGGAAGCGCUGAAUGAGUACACACCAAAGACCCUGCAGUCCUCCAUCAGACUCCAGGCUCUGGAGAGCCAUGCUGGCACCCUGUUGAAAACCAGGCAGCCCCUCCAGCCAAUGGAAGCAAAAAUCGAGUUCAUAGAGCAGGUGAUGAAGCUGCCUUUCUUUGGCUACACCACCUACUUCGUAGAGCGAGUCAGCGAUGACACCGUCCCUGUGCCCUGCUUCUUCGGUGUGAAUAAUGAGGAGAUCAUUGCAGUGGAUGGCAGCACCCAGGAGGUCUCCUGCAUCAUUCCACUGAAAGAGCUGCAGCAGAUGCGAAUGCUGCAGCCCAUCUCUGCUGGUGGCCUGCCUGGCAUAGAGCUCAAUUAUGGCUCAGCUGACAGCCCCAAGACUAUAUGGUUUGAACUGUCACAGGCUAAAGAACUGUAUCACACUCUUGUCAUCAUCCUGGAUAAAGCAGCAUGGCACCCAUAGAGCCUGAAAAGAGAAGAAUGACCAAACCCAACAGCACUGUUCUUCUUUGAACUUGUCCAGAGCUCCCUGCCCUGUCUUCUGGAGUGGACUCUUCUAAAAGACAUCUGUGACCUCAGACAGCUGCUUUCCCAGACUGCCACCACAGCGUUUGUUGCUGCACUGGACCACACACUCUCACCCCUGAAGCACUCUUCCUGGCAGCAAUGCAGGCAGCGGCUAAACAAACCGCCAGACACCCUUGCCCCACCACUGCUUCUUCAGAGCCUGUUCCAGCAGAGCAGCUGAGCAGGCAGUUGCCUUCAAGCUAUGCAGUGUGGGACUCUUUGCUUUUUGAAUUGUGAAGCAGGAGGUGGUAGAAAGGAUCUCGAUUACAAAGCAGAUCAGUGUUAAUGCACAAUUAACACAUCUGCUGGGGCACGGUUUGAGCUGCAGUGGUAAGAAAGUUCUUUGUUAAUUAGUUUCCUACUGACAUAAUGAUAUGCAUCUGUUUCCUUCUCAUAUAAAGAAGUCAGUCAUGUCCCUGCAGCUGUCACACAUAAUGAUGGCUCCAUGCCUGUGGAGAAAGUGUAUCCAAAGGGAGCUGGUAUUCCAGCAGUGGGGUGUCCUGGGUUGUACAAAAAUGCCUAAGUUAUUUUCAUUGCUACAGCUAUCCUAUGGAACUGAAAGGUCUCUGUCCUUGAAGAGACUGCAAUAAAGCAAUCACAGUGAUGUUUUGAA